AUGCAUCGAUUCAAGAUUUACAAAAUUCAGAUGUGCAAAUAUGCACUGAUAAAUAAGUGUGAUCGAGGGGAAAACUGUACCUUUGCGCAUGACAUCAGCGAACUGAGGAUAAAGCCCGACAUGAGGAAAACGAAGUUAUGUAAAAGUUACAUAUUAGGAAAAUGCACUGAUCACAAUUGCAUUUAUGCCCAUUCAGUGAACGAGCUGAGGGAGGUCGGGAAGCCAGCAAUCUGCCAGCUUCACAGAGAAGGUAGAUGCAUUAAGGGGAACCAGUGCAGAUUUGCGCACUCCAUAAAUGACAUAAACACGAAGCUGGUGCAGUUCUAUGAGGAGAACAUGGACGAGGAUGAAAUGGAGUUUUCUCACCUGAACAGUUGCAUGGAUUCGGUGAGCCCGGGGGAAUCAUCUACACUUAACAGGGGAGGCGGCUUCCGCAGCGGAGAAAUGCUACACGUAGCCCGCCAAGAGAAGCGGGGGGAGUGGAAAGUAAGCAUAAACUUCAGCGAUGGCACUUCCAAUUCAUCAAGUGGCUCCAACCAACACACGCGGGAAAGCACAAGGACCACCAACAGAAGAACCAACACAUCCAAAGGUAUGAACAGAGCAAAUCUGGUAAAGAACUCCUCAUGCAGUUCCUUCAUGAACAAUAACCUUUCAAAUUUGAGCUGUCGAAAGGGAGAAAAAAAGAACGAGGAUAUUCUAAAUGGCAGAAAUGGAAAGUAUACAAAAUUAUGUGCAAUAAACAUGAAUAUGAAGACCAUCCAAGGGGGAGUCUGUCCUUAUGAUAAGCAAUUAGUUAGUUCGGAUGAUAAGCAGGAUUAUCUAUUAGAAGGAAAAUUUAAAAGAAUGAAUUCUUAUCACAAUAGACAAGAGCAUGAUGGGAAUGCUUCCACUGAAAGCAUGAGACAGAAUUUCACGCCCCCCAUAAAUAUGCGCUCCAUCAUGUGUUCUAAUGUGGAAGGAGCGAUGGAGAAUGGAAACACCAAUGGGUUGGUAGAUUACAGAAUCCCUACCAAUGGUGAGGUUUCGGUUAACUGUUGUCUGCCAAGAAACGAGGAAGGCAUGAGUGAGGGAUCUACGGUAGGAUUACGCAACAAACAAGGUGGGAAGAGUAUCCGUGGGGCAAAUUUUCCACAUGGGGAAGGAAUUAUCGGAGUGCGAGCCUCGGGUAAGAAGGUAAUGUGCAUCGAAAGUAGCAAAUUGAAGGAGGAGAAAAAUAAAAUGCAGGGCGAUGCUGAUAGGGGAAAUGGAUUGAUACAUAAUUCAGAGGGAUUCAGGGUUGGGGAGGGUCAGUGGUUGGGGGGGGAAGCGUAUGGCAUGGAAAUGCUUUUCGGGAAUUGCGAUGUAGGAAGGAGGAGGAACGGUAACGGAAGGAGGGGGAAAGUGGACGGAGGAGACUGUGGCGUCGGUACUUACCCCACGGAGUUGCACCAGAGAAGGAUGAAUAACGAUCCGAGUGGAAAUAUCCCAUACGACAGGAAGAUCCCCUAUUGUGGGGUGGAGGCGAACCUUUCGAAUGAAAUGAAUAAAGGAAAUGAGAAAAAUAAGCAUGAGGUGAAAUCACAUGUGGAAAGAUAUUACGAGUCGGCUUUGGACAUAAGUAGGGAUGAAAGAUGUGCUUUUAUGGAGGGUUCAGUUGUUCGGUUCGAACAGACAAGCGAAUAUGUCUCGAACCUAAUGGGUAACCAAAAUAGAACAUUGGGCGUUAGGGAUACUUUUCCUUCUAGUGUAAGGGGAGAAUUCUCGGAUGAAGCCACAGUGAUGAGGAGGGGAAACGAAGAAGGUGAUAAUGGGGAUGGACAGAAGGUGAGGGAGGCUAAGAAUGACACCUCUAUGUGUUCUUUUGCGAAGGAUCUGAGCGGUAGAAUGCCUGCGUGUGCGGUCGACCCGUAUGUACAAGGGAACAGGAGAGUCCAGCACAAGUUAGCAGUGAAGACAGAAAGAAGGAGCAUUGGAACGGGUGGCCACUCACUGAAGGGGUUGGAUACUUGUUUGUGUAAGUUGGAAAAUGGAAAUUCGAAUAGUAGUAAUGAUCAAAAUUGUGAGAACCACAGCGAUGAGAACCCAAAUGGUGCGUCGAAGCAAGGGUCGGCGGAGGGAUUGACUCGAUACGGUAGUGGUAUGCAAGGCGAAAGUAACAGUCAGUACGGAAGUAGCAGUACAGUGGAUAUGUGCGCGCAGAACGUUGAUGAGGUAUUUUUCGGGAAGGCUGAGGAGAGCGGGAUUGGAUCGACUUGUCGACAAAGUGCAGGGGUAAUAGACAGUUCGAUGGAAAGAGCAUCUUUGGGGAGUUAUGAAGGGAAAGCCCAUGAUGGGGCCCAUGAGAAGGAGAUGCUAAAAUAUUUUCACGAUGUACAGAAGUGGAGGGGAUGUUCGAUGUUGGAUAGGCUGGAGACGGAAGAUGGAAAGUUGGAGAGGGGCGUCAGUGACGAGCGUGGUGGGAGAUGCAUGGACAGUCCAAAUGGACUUGGGGAUUACACUAGCGUGAAGAACUAUUCGAACUUCAUGCCAUAUAAGUUAUUUUCCCUCUUUAAGCAAAAUCGCCCCCACUUGAAGAGGUUGCCUAAUAACUGUGGCGUGAAGAGCGCAUCGCACAGGUGUGUUUCCCAAGAUGAAGUUUUGCUAGAUCGAACGGAGAAGCGCAGUAUCAGUAUCGAUCUCGCCGAGAGGAAGGACCUGGCGAAUGCUGUAAGUGUUACGAAACAGAAAGGGGUACUUGAUUCCGGUGAGUCAGUUGAAGGGGUGUGCGGGGGGCAAGAGAGAGGGGGUGGCCCUCUUUACUCAGGAGGCAAAAACGGUAGAAACAACAGCAGGAACAGUAGCCUCUACCGCAUGAAUUUGAGGGUAGAUUCCGUUAGGGAGAAGAACUCCGGGAAAAGCGGAAGGAACGAAGUUCGAAGUGGUAACCUAACUGAGGAGGGGGGUGUUGAGGCAGGUGGACCAUGCGGAAGAAGUGGCGAUGGUGGGAAUUUGCAUGUAGGUGGGUUGAAUACAGUAAUUCAGGAACAAGUAUUUUGUAGUGGUGAAAGGGGUGUAGACGCCGCGAAGUAUGAUCUUAGCGGUGGUUCCAUCGACGAACGCCGAGGUGAGAAGCACACCGUGAGUAGUUUCACCGCGAUGGAGCAUAGAAGCAAUUUGAGAGAGGAAGGAAAAGUAGGAAUGACCACAGGGAGGGGAAAAAAUAAUAAAACUCUCCAUCGGCAGGAAGGAACUAACUCUCCAGUGGUGAAUAAGUACCUCGGUGGACGUCACGAUUAUGUUAUCCUUUCGGAGGAAGACAAGCUGAUACAAAAUGAGCAGCAUAUGUUGUAUAGGUGGUUAGGUCUGUCUUCUUCUUUAAGUGAAAGUUGCCCCAUGGGGAUGGAGAGUUCUGGAGACAGCCCCCUCCUCCCCCUGGAUGAUGAAGAAUCCUACCUGAUAAAUUUAGAUACGACGGGAGGAAUUGAAAAUGCCCUAUGGAAUGAGAAGGAUAUGGGUUGUUGGUCGAAGAGGAUCAUCCCAAGGAGAAGCAUGGUCUACAAUGGAGCAGAAUCUGGAUUGAAGAACAAAGAGGAAGAGCUUUAUCGCUCCAAUUUGGAUGAUAUUUCAAAUGGAUAUGAAGAAAUUGGAAGUAACAACAUAUUUAUGGGUAACUACAAGUGGGACGAUAAGGAAGAAAGACUUGUGAGCACCGAUGAGGGUUCUGUCCAGGUAGGCAAGAACAUGAAGGCGAAAAAAGGGGAGAGACAUUUUCAGAAGAGUGAUUUCUAUGGUGAUUUAACAGAGAGGAACAUUUUCUCGAGGCAUCAUCCUUGUGAAGGGGGGGGUGCGAACAUGAUAGAUGAUCUGUCGUGGGGUAAUCCCAAGUGGGAUGAUGAAAAGUGGGACCAUGUGAGGUUAAACAUGGACGAUGUUUCAGCAGGUGGGUGCUCCAAUGAUCUAGUGGGAACCCGAAGCAAAGGCGAAAUGAGCUUUCUGGGAAAUCACGCGGACAAGGAGAACAGAUCCGACAGGGGAAGAAGUCACGCCAAUCACGUAGGUGACGUAGACCACGCAUUGACAACAGCCUUCCUCAACUAUGGUUUCGAGAACGGAAUAGAAGAUGACAUAGUGCGAAGUUUCUUAGAGGAAAGUAGCUCCCUCGCGUAUGAUCGCCUGGACAGUUCCUUUUUUUACGAUUUCCACGUGGGGGGAAACGGAAGGCCUUAUUUGAAUCAUCAAGGGGAUGGUGAGGAUAGUGGAGAUUGUGUACUGAGCGGAAAGGAGAAAAACUCUGCGUACGACGAUGUGAACGGUGCCGCAUUUGAGGAUGGAUCGUUCUGCGUGGACCUGUCAAAGGACAUGGAUCUUCAAUUCUUUAGCCAAGGUGGGUAA